CUGCCGUUGUACUGAGACACCCCCCCGAGCUCGCACACGUCCUUCUUGUGGACUGGGGUUUGUUUCCUGAGCCCCGCGCAGGAGCCCUCCCCAGCCUCGUAUUCCCUGGAUUCUUCUGGCUCCAAAGCUGGGAGCCCCCUUCCUUGACUCCCUCCAGCCAGGGAGCACCCACUGCAGUACCUCCUGUAUUCCUAGCCUGGAACCUAGCCUGACUUAUGGCAGAAAUGGAAGACAUGCUGCCUUUUGUCUUACUCCAGCAGAACUGGGCACUCCAGGAGCCCCCUCCCAGCAGCAAUCCUUAUGUGGAGAUCAUCGAACAGCCCAAGCAACGUGGCAUGCGCUUCCGCUACAAGUGUGAGGGGCGUUCUGCCGGCAGCAUCCCCGGGGAGCGCAGCACCGACACCACCAAGACACACCCCACCAUCAAGAUCAAUAAUUACACAGGUCCUGGGAAGGUUCGCAUCUCACUGGUGACCAAAGAUGCUCCCCACCGACCCCACCCUCAUGAGCUGGUGGGCAAGGACUGCAAGGAUGGCUACUAUGAGGCUGAACUGUCACCUGAGCGCAACAUCCACAGCUUCCAGAACCUGGGCAUCCAGUGUGUGAAGAAGCGGGAGCUGGAUGAGGCAGUGGCACAGCGCAUCCGCACCAACAACAACCCCUUCAAUGUGCCCUUGGACGACCAGAAGGGGGACUAUGACCUGAACGCCGUGCGGCUUUGCUUCCAGGUGUGGGUGCAGGACCCUGUGGGUACUGGACACCUUGUGCCACUUCCCCUUGUGGUGUCACAGCCGAUCUACGACAACCGUGCCCCCAACACAGCUGAGCUGAAGAUCUGCCGGGUCAAUCGCAACUCAGGGAGCUGCCUGGGGGGAGACGAGAUCUUCCUGCUUUGUGAUAAAGUGCAGAAAGAGGACAUUGAAGUCCGGUUCUUCAAGGACUCAUGGGAAGCCAAGGGCUCCUUCUCGCAAGCAGAUGUGCACCGGCAGGUCGCCAUCGUGUUCAAAACCCCCCCCUAUCAGGACCAGGCACUCAGGGAGCCGGUGACGGUCCAGAUGCAGCUUCGGCGCCCAUCUGACAAGGAGGUCAGCGAGGCCAUGGAGUUCCGCUACCUGCCAGAUGAAGGUGACUUCCAUCGCAUCGAGGAGAAGCGCAAGCGCACACGGGACACCUUCAAGAACUUUGUACAGAAAACACCUUUCGCAGCAGUGGUAGUUCCAGAGGCACGCUCACCACGUCGGAUCGCUGUCCCUAGCCGCACAGCUCCUGUUCCCAAACCCACUUUCAGCCUACCCAGCAUGAGCGGUCUCCCCGGAAUGGCAGGGGCCAUGGGGCAGCUGCCACCAAUCCAGAAACCGCAGGCCACGGCCCAGCACACCUCUUUACCUUUUACUGGGCCCAGCCAAGCUCCUCCCGCCCCCCAGCUGAGAUUCAGUACAGUCAACCUGGAGCAGUUCUCCAGCCUGGGCAUCUCAAGCCGGGCCCAGCCCCCACCUCCUGUUCCUGAGACUGAGCCCAGCUUUGAUGCCUUGUUCCAGCUGCCUUUUGACAGUGGGAGCGACUCCGCUACCAUGGAGCUGGGAGCCCUGUUGGAUGACACCACCUACGCCAGCCUAGAGUCCAUCAACACUAAUGACUUCCGGCAGCUGCUGAGCCAGGGGUCAUCCAUGGAGGGGGCUGAUGGGCACAACAUGCUUCUGACCUAUCCCGACUCAAUCACCCGCCUGAUGAGCAGCCAGCGUGGUGUGGUGAGUGGGACAGGGGAAGAGUCACAAGGCGACGGUGGAGGUGGGGGGGGCAGCGGUGCCAACAGCUUCAUCAACGGGGUCCUAGGCACCCUCCCUGAAGAGAGCCUCACCUCCAUGGGAGAUCUGGACUUCAGUGCCUUGCUCAGCCAGUUCAGCUCCUCCUAGAGGGGAUGUUAGGAAAGACAGACUGACAGUGACACCCUCUGUGUGGCUUUGCACAAAGGACUCGGGGCAACUGCUCAUCUGCUGAGAACCUCCCUGGAAAGAUCAGACUCUGCUCUGGACUCAAUCCGCCCAGGUCUCCCUCCAGCCUGGGCCUUAUAUUACUGGCUUUGUUUGGCUUCAGAUCUCACUGUCCGCCUCUCCCCACAUGUCUCCCGUGCCCUGCUCUGUAUCUACCCACUGGUGGGUGUCUCCCAUCUGUCAGGAAGAGUGGGUAAUGCCAGGAGUUAUUUUCCUCCCCCAUUGCAGGGGUUGGGGGGCAGGAGCAAAGAAAAGCCCCACCCUCUUUUCACAGUAAUGGAGGGGGAAAGGGCAGAGAAUGGACUGAUCUACGGUCGGGACAGGCUUGAUUCAUUCACAGGAUGGGGGAGGUGGAGGGUGAAGCUGCCCCGAGCUUGGAGCAGUGUUCCCUGUAAGCUGAGCGCUUGGGGACUACCAUGGAGAGAUUCAAAUGCUGCCCAGCUGAUUAGCAGAACUCCUGCAGCCGGGAACACGUGUUUUUUCCUGGUGGUGUACGUCACAUCUUGGUGCAUAUAACAAAAUUUAUUCCACAUAGGUGGAAAAAAAUUAGAGGGAAUGUUGAUUCUGGAUUCUUUCUGCUCCCUUCUUCUUUACCUGAAAAUUGCUGGCUAGUGUGAGGGAGCUCUACCCCAGCUCCUGUAACAGUUCUGAUUAGCUGCCCAUUUCCAUUUCCAGCCUCCUGGGGCAGGCAGCCAAUCACAAGGGGUUUCCUUAAGACAGGGCAGUGAGUUCUGGCAUCCAGACCAGACUGGCUCUGUGUUGCUGGAGGAAGCAAAGAAUUCUCUCUUCUCACCCCAGAAGGUGCCUUAGCAGAAGCAAUAUUAACUCCCCCCUUUUUGGAGUGGGGAGUGUAAACCGGGCUCCUCCCACCCAGCAGCAGGCAGAGAUGACCUGUGGGCUACUCUGCACCUCCUUGCUAGGGGGGACUCUUCCCUCUGUUGCACAGUGGCUUUGGGAGGUACUCCUUGCCCUCUACAAGCUGAGUAAGGAGGAUAGGGGUUGCUGCUGUAUAUUUGCUGCAGCCUGUUUUGGCAUGACCUCAGGUUGUAAUAUGUGCCUUGCCAUGUGGUGGGAGGGGACAGAACUGCCCCUUCACCUCUAGUGCCCUGGAUCCCCCUCAUCUGUACUCCAUGGCUCAGAAGACUCCACUGGGCCUGCUGUUGGGGUGGUGGCAGUGCCCAAAGCAGUCAGGAGGAGCACCCUCCUGGGUCUGUGAAACAAAGUUGGCUCUGCUAGAUGUCCUAAGAGAGACUAUGGACCUUUCAGAGGCCCUGGGCCACUCCUCCAUCUGGCUCCAGCCCACAGUAGGAAUGCCCAGAGAGGAGCGCUACAGAGCGUCUGGGCCCAUCAUGGCCUCUCUGUGCAUUCACCAUUACAAGGCUUGUAUAGUGUACCUGACUCUCUAUUUUGGCUUCCUCUGUCCUGUGUCUUACUAUUGGCUAAAAAUAGAGGGUUGGUUUUAACAAUGAGUGAUGUACUAUUAAUGUAUUUGCUAACUCUGGGGCAUGGGGGACUUGCUUCCAUGCCCACUUUUUCUGCUGACUUAUGUUCCUAAUAAAACUAGUCAAAGAACAGCGCCUCCUUCUUAU